AUGGCCAGCUCGAAGAGUCAUUCCAGCAAGAUUAGGAGUGUCUUGACACCUUUGAAAAGAUCCACGAUUGCUAAUUCUGCGGAAUCCUCUGGGAAAGCCGAGGAAACGGAAACAUGCGAGUCGAAUAUUGUUGACUGGGACGGCCUAGAUGAUCCCGAGAAGCCCCUUAAUUGGCCCAUGUCGAAAAAGUGGCUCAACAUCGCUGUUUUGUCGAUUCUUUCGUUCAUCACUCCACUCGGAUCUUCCAUGUUCGCCCCCAGCAUUGGUGAGAUCAUGAUCGAGUUUAACAGUACAUCAAACAUAGCCGCAACUUUCGUCUUGUCGAUAUACGUGCUUGGCUUCGCCUUCGGACCCUUAUUGAUAGCACCCCUGAGCGAGAUCUUUGGCCGUGCUCCGCUAUACAAUAUUGGUAACCUCCUUUUCACCAUUUUUACAGUCGCAGCUGCGGUCAGUAACAGUCUGGGAAUGCUCAUGGCUUUUCGGUUUCUCAUGGGCCUAGCUGGCUCCGUCCCAAUCACGAUUGGUAGUGGUACUAUUGCCGAUACAAUGCCUCUCGAGACACGAGGCAGAGCUAUGGCUGCAUGGAUCUUGGGUCCUUUAUUUGGACCGAGUGUCGGCCCGGUAGCUGGCGGUUACUUAGCCCAAGCCGCCGGUUGGCGAUGGAUAUUCUGGCUGCAAGCCAUUUUGUCCGGAAUGUUCAUUCCUGUGGCCUUCUUUGGUAUGAGAGAGACAUAUGCCCCGGUCUUACUUGAGAGAAAGGCCGCUCGGCUUCGAAAGCAAACCGGCAAUGGGGCCUUGCAAAGCUGUUUGAGCGGCGGUGUCAACCACAAACGGACCUUUCAAAAUGCCAUAAUUCGACCUCUGAAGCUCCUCGCGGUGGUUCCAAUCAUUACCCUGAUGUCUAUAUACGUCGCGAUCGAAUACGGCAUCAUGUACCUGCUCAUGUCGACGUUCUCAAUCGUCUAUGAGGGCCAGUAUGGCUUCGAUGCUGGUACAAGCGGCCUCUCAUAUCUCCCCCUUGGCAUCGGUAUGCUCAUAGGUGUUGUCAUUUUCGGCAGGGUCUCGGACAAACUCGUUCUGCAGAACAAAAGCAAAGGUGGCGAACAUAGACCGGAGAUUCGUCUCGCGCCAUUACUCUCGAUUCCCUGCGGCUUAGCCAUCGUCGCCGGCUUGUUUAUAUAUGGUUGGACUACCGAUAAGAAGACUCACUGGAUAGCAUCUAUGAUCGGUAUUGCUUUAUUUGGUGCUGGUCUGAUGGCAAUCAUGUCAUUUGACGAUAUAGGAGCGGUGUGA